GGGGAGGAGGUGAUGACGGCGUGCGGCCUGCUGCGCGGGCACGCCUACGGUCUGGAGGAGGCGCGGGAGGUGGCGGGCAGGCGGCUGCUGCGGCUCCGCAACCCGUGGGGCCGCGGGGAGUGGACGGGCGCGUGGGCUGACGGGUCGGGGGAGUGGACCGAGGAGCUGCUCGCCGCGCUGCAGUACGAGUUUGCCGACGACGGCGCCCUCUCGGCCGUGGCGAGGUCGCUGCUGCGAGGCUGGAGGGCGGCGGCGCGGAGGGCGGUUCGGAGCACCCGGCCGUAGGCGUCUUUUGGAUCGAGCUGCGCGACUUUGCGGCCCACUUCAACACGCUGUACGUUGCGCGGCUGCUGGGCGGCGCCGGCUGGGAGAGAGAGGCGGCGGCGGGCGAGUGGCGUGGCGAGGGGGCGGCGGGCUGCCCCGGCCGGGGAGGGUCGUGGAGGUGCGGCCCCGCGGUGCUGCUGCGCCUCUCCGUCCCCGCGUCCCUCUUCUGCGUCCUCGGCCAGCCGCGGUCCCGCCGCCGCGGGGGGACGACCCCCUCCGUGGGCUUUGCACUCGUCCCCGCGUCGAGCCUCGGCUCGGGCAGUCGGCCUCGCGGCGUGCACCCGUCGGUGAGCGGGCUUCCCCUGCGGCACGAGGAGUGCGUCUCGAGCGGCGCGGAGGCGGCGCUGGCGGCGGGAGACUACGCCCUCCUCCCCUUCACCUUCGCCGCCGGCUGCGAAGGCGCGUGGAGCCUCGAGGUGUGGUGCGACACGCCUCGCUCCGCCGCGCUGUCCUCCUGGCCGUCGGUGACUGCGCUCGU